UUUAUGACAACAGAGCUGUAGUGCAAAAUCUGGCUCCUGGGACAGAAUAUAUUUUUCAUUUAAGGACAGUUAAAGGCUUGGAUUCCUCUGUGGCUGUGGAGAAAAAAGUCAUCACAAAACCUGCUGGGAUAUGUGGUCUGACAUUAAAAAUGGUAAAUAGUUCAUCUGCAACUGUAAUGUGGAAUCCAACCAAGACAAACUUCACUUCUUAUAAAGCAUCUUUAUCAAACGACACCUUUAUAAAAAUGUUAAGGAUUCCAGGAACACUGACUGACUUCACUGUUAUGAACUUGACUGCUGGUGGCAUUUACAACUUCACACUGCAAAGAGUGAAAGGAAAUACUGAAGGAGCUUCUUCUUUCAUUGAAUUUGUAACAGAACCUGCAAAACCAGAAGGACUUAGAUUCUUCAAUGUUUCAUCAUAUUUUUUUUCACUGUAUUGGACACUACCAUAUGGACUUGUAGACAGAUUUCAUGUGGAUCUUAUUCCUGAUCAUGCUUCUGUUGUUAUCCUAGAUCUUGGAGUUAGGAAGUAUCAAGCUGAUUUUUCUAAUACUAUUCCUGGAACAACAUACAAUGUUACAGUGUCUGCAGUUUCUUCUUCACUUUAUAGUUCACCUGCAAGUAGAACAGUGACAACAAAUGUGACAAAUCCUGGACCCCCUGUGUACCUUGCAGGUGAAAGAGUGGGCUCUGCUGGGAUUCUGCUGUCAUGGAAUACACCACUGCAUCCAAAUGGCAGAAUUCUCUCCUAUAUUGUUAAAUAUAAAGAAGUCUGCCCAUGGAGGCAAACAACUUAUACACAGGUCACAACAAAGCCAGAUAGUUUGGAAGUUCUUCUCACCAAUCUUAAUCCUGGAACAACUUAUGAAAUUAUGGUUGCUGCUGAGAACAGUGCUGGUAUUGGAGUAUUUAGUGAUCUUUUCCUUUUUCAGACUGCAGAAAGUGCUCCAGGUAAAGUAGUGAAUCUCACAGUUGAAGCCUUAAAUUCUUCAGCUGUAAAUCUGAUCUGGUUUCUACCUCGGCAACCAAAUGGAAAGAUAACUAGUUUCAAGAUUAGUGUGAAACACGCAAGAAGUGGAAUUGUAGUGAAAGAUGUCUUGGUUAAAGUAGAGGACCUUCUGUCUGGGAGGUUGCCAGAAUGUAAUGAUAAGAGUGAAUCAUUUCUAUGGAGUACUACCACUCCUUCAACUACUUUUGGGAAAUCCACAAUUCCUUCACAGUCUACAGUUACACCAAAUACAGAGGCACCAAGUCAGAUGAGCUCUGUGUGGAAUGAACCGAUUAGCUUUGUUAUAACUAACCUCAGGCCAUAUACCACCUAUCUUUUUGAAGUUUCUGCAGUUACCACUGAAGCAGGCUACAUUGACAGCGCAAUUGUCCGGACACCAGAAUCAGUUCCAGAAGACCCACCACAAAAUUUUGCCAAGAGCAACGUUACAGCAAAGUCUUUCUCAGUAAUGUGGGAACCCCCAGCCAUAGUAACAGGAAAGUUUAGUUACAGAGUUGAGCUGUAUGGACCAUCUGGUCAUAUUCUGGAUAACAGCACAAAAGACCAUAAGUUUGUAUUUAGUAACCUUGUGCCGUUUACAACAUACGAUGUGUACGUCGGUGCUGAAACAAGUGCUGGGGUGGGGCCAAAGACUAACCUUACAGUUUUCACUCCUCCAGAUGUCCCAGGUGCUGUAUCAGAUUUACACUUAGCAGAAGUGGAAGCCACAUAUAUAAAAAUUGUUUGGAGGAAGCCACGACAACCAAAUGGAAUCAUUACCCAGUACAGAGUUAAAGUACAUGUGCAGAAAACACUCAUGACUUUGGAAAACAUUAUUCUUGGAGAUAAAAAUACGUAUUUGAUUGAUUCUUUGGAGCCAUACACAAUAAAUGAAAACAUAAACCCUUCUUCUCCCACUUGGAAUUCAUUGGAAACAGCCAAUGAUUUAUAUGAAGGUUCAGCUGAAAUGUUUUCCAGCAUUCAGACAGCUUCCCCAGUAAUAUUUACAAGUGUAUCUGGUGAUAAUUUGCCUGCUAUAAAUGGAGCUGCAGAGUUACAUUCUGCUUUGGAAAAUCAGUAUACCAUCAACAUUUUGGCUGAAGAGCUGUCAUAUGUUAUAAAGAGCCUCACACCUUUCACAGAUUACACAAUUAGUGUGUCUGCUUUCACUGCUGUUGGAGAAGGACCACCAUCAGUUCUUACGGUCAGGACAUGCGAACAAGUUCCAAGCUCAGUACAAAAUAUAUCUUACAAGAAUAUUAGCUCCUCCUCUGUUUUGCUGUAUUGGGAUCCUCCAGCAAAUCCCAAUGGGAAAAUCAUCCAUUACACAGUUUAUGCAAUAGAACUGGAUACAAAAAGAGCAUUCCACACAACAACUUCAAACAACAGCUUACUUAUGACAGGCUUAAAAAAGUACACAAAUUAUAAAAUGAGAGUGGCAGCCUCUACUGCAAUUGGAGAAAGUGCUUUGUCUGAAGAGAAUGAUGUUUUCGUGAGAACCCCUGAAGAUGAACCAGAUUCCCCACCUCGAAACAUAGAACUAAUAAAUGUAAGUGCAACAGAAAUAAAUCUGAAAUGGUUACCACCUGAGCAGCCUAAUGGUCUCAUAACUCACUAUGAAGUUCUGUACAGUGAUUCCAAUGAUUUUUCUAUUAAAAAUACCUCAUCUACAAGUAUAUCACUGAGUGAAAUGAAGCCAUAUACUCUCUACAAUAUUUCUGUAAGGGCAUUCACCAGACUUGGUCAUGGGAAUCAGUCAUCUUUCCCACUUCUGGUCAGAACUUCUGAAACUGUUCCUGAUUCUGCACCAGAAAAUAUAACCUAUAGGAACAUUUCAUCCAUGGAAAUUGAAGUAUCAUUUUUUCCACCGUCCAUUCCCAAUGGAAUUAUACAGAUCUACACAAUAUAUCUCAAGAGGACUAAUGGGACUGAGCAAAAAGUUAUAAACACUACUCUUCUGACAUUACGUAUUACAGAUUUAAAUAAAUAUACAGAAUAUACUGUAGAAGUGUCUGCUAGUACCAGAAUGGGGGAGGGCCUUCGUAGUUCACCUCUGCAUAUACUGACUGAUGAAGACGCUCCGAGUUCUCCUCCACAAUCCCUCUCUGUAAAACAGUUGUUGGGUGUCACUGUGAAGUUGUCAUGGAAACCUCCUUUGGAGCCAAAUGGAAUUAUCCUCUAUUACACAGUUUAUGUCUGGAAUAAAAUGUCAAAAAGGAGUGUUAAUGUAACAGAAACAUCAUUGGAGUUCACAGACCUAGAAUAUAACUAUGAGUAUAGUGCUUACCUAACAGCAAGUACAAGAUUUGGAGAUGGCAAUAUAAAAAGUGAUACUAUAACAUUCAGAACUUCUGAAGGAGCACCAAGUGAUCCACCGAAAGAUGUUGCAUACAGAAACCUUACUUCCACAUCAAUAAUGCUAUUCUGGUCUCCUCCCCAAAAACCCAAUGGAAAUAUACUGUACUACUCAGUUUAUUUCAAAAAUAAUUCAGGAAUAUUCAUACAGAAUUUCACAGCUUAUGGUAAUGACAGCAACAUCAGUAUGCCCCCGUUUGUAGUUCUGGAUGACUUGGCAAAAUACAGCCAUUAUAUUUUAUGGUUAACUGCAAGUACAGCUUUUGGAGAUGGAAACAAAACCAGUGAAAAAAUAGAUGUGUAUACAGAUCAGGAUAUCCCAGAAGGUUUUGUUGAAAAUCUGGUCUAUCAAAACAUUUCCUCAUCUUCUGUGAAUGUAAGCUGGCUUCCACCAUCCCAGCCAAAUGGCUUAGUCUUCUUUCAUGUUUCUCUAAGUUUAAUGCAACUGGGAACCAGCAAGGUUUUGUCUUUCCUUACUUACAACACAAGCAUAAUGUUUGACAAUCUGGAGAAAUAUACCGAUUACAUUCUGAAAAUCACACCAGCCACUGAUAAAGGAUCUUCUGAACAGCAUGCUCUAAGUCUGCAUAUAAGAACUGAUGAAGAUGUCCCAGAAUCAGCACCUAUAAUCAAAACAUUUUCAAAUCUCUCAACUACCUCAGUUAUGUUUUCAUGGGACCCCCCUGUUAAGCCAAAUGGUAUCAUAAUAAGUUAUGAUUUAAAUUUAUUUGGACCAGAAAGGAAUAACUCAUUCUCUACCACCAAUAAUUUUAUCGUCUUGGAAGACCUUCUACCAUUCACAUUGUAUAGCAUUUAUGCAGCUGCAAGAACAAUAAAAGGACCUGGUCCAUCUGCUGUGCUUCAGUUUUACACAGAUGAGUCAGUGCCAUUAGCUCCACCCCAGAAUUUGACCAUUAUCAACUAUACUGCAGAUUCCGUGUGGCUAAAAUGGGAUCCAAGUCCCCAGUCAAAUGGUGUUAUAAUGAGAUAUAAUUUUAAGAUUUAUCAAAACAACACAGAAAAACUAGUUUAUCAGAACAUUUCAGGUUCAAACCAUGAGGCAAACCUUGUUGGAUUAGAACCAUUCAGCCCCUAUUCUAUCAGUGUCUCUGCAUUUACCAAGCUUGGGAAUGGCAAUCAGUUCAGUAAUGCUGUCCAGUUUACAACGAUGGAAUCAGUACCAGAUGCUGUCCAGAAUGUUCGUUGUAUUGCAAUGAGCUGGCAAUCAAUCCUAGUGCAGUGGGACCCUCCUGCUUCAUCCAACGGUGUAAUUACACAUUACAUCAUAACAGUUGAAGGAAAUUCUACAAAUUUUUCAUCUUAUGAUACACUCCAUACUUUUAGAAAUCUGCUUUCCAAUAUUACUUAUCAAAUUAAAAUAAAAGCUGCAACGUCUGCUGGGGAUGGUGAAGAACAGAUAUGCAAUACCAGUACCCUUCCAGAAAAAGUUCCUAGUGCUCCCAGGGAUAUUGUUUUUUCCAAUGUGCAAUCAACAAGUGUGACUUUGAAUUGGAGAACACCAAAAUCUAUCCUUGGCUACUUUCAAAACUACAAGAUUACCACACAGCUACAGUCCGUCCACUGCAGUGACUGGGAAACUAAGGAAUGUGUUGAAUAUGAGAUGCAUCAAUAUUUAUAUGAAAAUGUGAUGGACGACUGGAUAGAAGACACAGUGUAUGGACUGAAAAAAUACAGAUGGUACAGAUUUGCAGUUGCUGCCAGUACGAGUGUUGGUUAUGGCAGUUCUUCACCUUGGAUUUCAACACAAACACUUCCUGGCUCUCCAGAUGGUCCUCCAGAAAAUGUGACUGUUUUAGCUACAUCUCCUCACAGUAUUAAUAUCAGCUGGAGUGAACCUGCCAUCAUCACAGGACCAACAUGCUACCUCAUAGACGUUACCUCAGUAGAUAAUGGCAACUAUAAAGCUCAGUUUUUGAAGACAAAGGAUGAGGUUAAAGUCUUAGAAAUUUCUGAUUUAAAAGCAUUUACAAGGUAUUCUGUAGUAAUCACUGCCUUUACGGGGGAUGUUAAUGCUGCUCUCCUAGAAGGCAAGGCUAGUUCUCCAGUGAUUGUCUCCACUUUUGAAGCAGUGCCUGAAGACCCACCUAACAACAUAACUUUUCAGAAGAUACCAGAUGAAGUAACAAAGUUCCAAGUAACAUUUGUGCCACCAUCUGAACCAAAUGGAAAUAUUCAAGUGUAUCAAGCUAUGGUUUACAAUGAAGAUGAUCCCGCUGCCAUCCAGAUCCACAACCUCAGUGUCAUUGAAAAAAAAGAUCAGUCAGUCACUGCCAUGAUAGAAGGACUAAAAGGAGGACAUACCUAUAAUGUCAGCGUAUAUGCAAUUAAUGGUGCUGGCGCGGGGCCGAAAAUUCAAUUGAAAAUAACCAUGGAUAUCAAAGAACCACCAAGACCUAAAAAGAAACCAGUACCAGUUUAUGAUACCAAUGGGGCAUUACUCGUCACAGCUACAACAAUUGCAAUCAAAAUGCCAAUAUGUUAUUACAGUGAUGAUCAUGGCCCUAUCAAGAAGAUACAAAUUCUUGUUGUGGAAGCUGGAGCUCAGCAUGAUGGGAAUGUUACCAAGUGGUACGAUGCCUACUUCAACAGACCAAGGCCAUAUUUUACAAAUGAAGGCUUUCCAAACCCACCAUGUGUAGAAGGAAAAGAAGUUCUGAGUGGGAAAGAAGAGAUAUAUGUCAUAGGUGCUGAUACCACGUGUAUGAUACCAGGCAGUCAAGAUAAAAUAUGUAAUGGUCCACUUAAACCAAGAAAGCAGUACCUAUUUAAGUUCAGAGCAACUAACAUUAAAGGACAGUUUACAGAUUCUGACUAUUCUGACCCUAUCAAAACGUUAGGUGAAGGACUAACUGGAAGAUCUGUAGAAGUUAUCCUUGCUGUUACUCUGUGUAUACUUUCGGUUGUUCUUUUGGUGGCUGCAGUGUAUGCUUUUGCAAGAAUUCGGCAGAAGCAAAAAGAGGGAGGCACAUACUCCCCACGAGAUGCUGAAAUUAUUGACACUAAGUUCAAACUGGAUCAGCUGAUCACAGUGGCAGACCUGGAGCUGAAGGAUGAGAGAUUUACACGAUUACUUAGUUAUAGAAAAUCCAUCAAGCCAAUAAGCAAGAAAUCCUUCCUACAGCAUGUUGAAGAACUUUGUACAAACAACAACCUAAAGUUUCAGGAAGAAUUUUCGGAACUUCCCAAGUUUCUUGAAGACCUUGCUUCAACUGAUGCUGAUCUGCCUUGGAACAGGUCUAAGAAUCGUUUCCCCAACAUAAAGCCAUAUAAUAACAACAGAGUAAAACUGAUGCCUGACGCUGGUAUUCCUGGAUCUGACUACAUUAAUGCCAGCUAUGUGUCUGGUUAUUUAUGCCCAAAUGAGUUUAUUGCAACUCAGGGACCGUUACCAGGAACGGUGGGCGAUUUCUGGAGAAUGGUGUGGGAGACAAGAGCUAAAACACUUGUGAUGCUUACACAAUGUUUUGAAAAAGGACGUAUAAGAUGUCAUCAAUACUGGCCAGAAGAUAAUAAACCAGUGACUGUGUUUGGGGAUAUAGUGAUUACUAAAUUGAUGGAAGAUAUUCAAAUAGACUGGACCAUCAGAGAUCUAAAAAUUGAAAGGCAUGGAGACUGCAUGACAGUGCGGCAGUGUAACUUUACUUCUUGGCCAGAACACGGAGUCCCUGAAACAACUGCACCAAUUAUCCAUUUUGUAAAACUUAUCCGUGCAAGUCGAGCACAUGAUAACACACCAAUGGUGGUUCACUGUAGUGCUGGCGUUGGAAGAACAGGUGUUUAUAUUGCACUUGACCAUUUAACUCAACACAUAAAUGACCAUGAUUUUGUGGAUAUCUAUGGACUUGUAGCUGAGCUAAGAAGUGAAAGAAUGUGUAUGGUACAGAAUCUGGCACAAUAUAUAUUUUUGCAUCAAUGCGUAUUGGAUCUGUUGACAAGCAAGGGAAGUAGUCAGCCCAUAUGUUUUGUAAAUUAUUCAGCACUGCAAAAGAUGGACUCUCUGGAUGCCAUGGAAGGUGAUGUGGAGCUUGAAUGGGAAGAAACUACCAUGUAAAUACUAAGAGUAAACAUGAAAGAAAAUGAGAUUUUGAAAAUUAGUCAUAUUUUUCUAAGCACAGGGGCCAAAGUGAAUUCCCCUAUUUUGAUGAUUAAAGCAAACGCAGAUGAUCAAAGCAUCUUCUCCUCUAUCAAUGUGCCUUCAUAAGUUGAAGUAUUUUAUUCAGAACACUGAGCAAUAAUGAUUAGGAGUACUCUUGCACAGACUGCACUUCUGGUGUUAUAUGAAUAGUGCACUCAGUAUGUAUAAAGUGUGUUUGAACAUAUUCCUUUUUUUCUGAUUAUCUUUGUAAAAGAAAAAUGAGCCAAAUAAGAUGUAAAAAUAUCAUAUUCCCGUUGAACUUUUUUUGGUGUGAAUUUGAUGUGUUCUGCAUGUUUUGGUUUUAAGUAAAAGCUACAGUUUCUUGAAUCAUUCUUGCUAGAUUGGCUUCAGUGUUGUCAGCUCUUGCAGAUUAAUUCCAAUACCAUCAUAAUGAUCUUUACAUAACUGUAUGCUCUGGUGUUUUGAAUAUUUUUUUUACAAGUGGUAGCAUAUCAGCUCAUGAUCCUGAACAGCUGAAGAGUCACCUUCUGACAUGGAAAGGAUUAUUCAACUCUUA